CUCUUGAAGUGGGCGUGGCGAGCUCCCCAGGCCGUCUCGAGUCUCCUAGUUCCGCGAGGCUCGCGGGCGGGUCAUGCUACGCACGCUUGGUACCCGUUUUGGCGCCCGGCUCCUCCCGGCCACACUGGGCCUGGGGCCCGGGCCAGGUCGGAAGGUGUCUGGGGCGCGCGGGCAGGGCUGGCUGCAGCCUGCAGGCCACGAUACUGGCGUCAAGGUGUACAACAGCCUCACCCGAAGAAAGGACCCCUUAAUCGUGGGCAGCGCGGACGCCGCCUCCUGGUAUAGUUGUGGACCAACUGUCUAUGAUCAUGCACACCUUGGCCAUGCUUGCUCAUAUGUUAGAUUUGAUAUAAUUCGAAGGAUCCUAACCAGGGUUUUUGGAUGCAACAUCAUCAUGGUGAUGGGAAUUACAGAUGUGGAUGAUAAGAUAAUUAAAAGGGCUAAUGAGAUGAACAUAUCACCCGCUUCUCUCGCCAAUCUUUAUGAAGAAGAUUUUAAACAAGAUAUGGCAGCCUUGAAGGUUCUCCCACCCACUGUGUACUUGAGGGUAACUGAAAAUAUUCCUCAGAUAAUUUCCUUUAUUGAAGGAAUAAUUGCUAAUGGGCAUGCUUAUUCAACAGGAAAAGGCAACGUCUACUUUGAUCUGCAGUCGAGAGGAGACAAGUACGGCAAGCUCGUCGGUGUGACCCCCGGUCCUGUGGCAGAGCCAGGUGACUCUGACAAGCGGCAUGCCAGCGACUUUGCCCUUUGGAAGGCAGCUAAACCCCAGGAAAUUUUUUGGGCCUCUCCGUGGGGAAACGGAAGACCUGGCUGGCAUAUUGAAUGUUCUACCAUCUCAAGUUUGGUAUUUGGAAGUCAACUGGAUAUCCAUUCAGGUGGAAUAGAUCUAGCUUUUCCACAUCAUGAAAAUGAAAUUGCACAGUGUGAGGUCUUUCAUCAGUGCAAGCAAUGGGGAAAUUACUUUCUACAUUCUGGGCAUUUACACGUGAAAGGCAAAGAGAAAAUGUCCAAAUCACUGAAAAACUACGUUACUAUUAAGGACUUUCUGAAGACGUUUUCCCCUGAUGUCUUCCGGCUCUUCUGCAUGAGGAGCAGCUACAGGUCAGCCAUCGACUACAGCAGCAGCUCCAUGCUGGAAGCAAAGCACCUCUUGCUGGCCACAGCCGCAUUCGUGGAGGACGCUCGGGCCUACAUGAAGGGGCAGCUGGCGAGCGGCCCCAUCAGGGAAGACGUGCUGUGGGAGAGGCUCAGCCACACCAAGGCGGCUGUGAAGGCUGCCUUGGCGGAUGACUUCGACACGCCUGGGGCUGUGGAUGCCAUCAUGGACCUCAUUCACCAUGGGAACAGACAGCUGAAGACGGUCACUAAGGAACCUGGUGGUCCUAGGAGUCCUGCUGUGUUCGGCUCUAUCAUCUCCUACAUUGAGCAGUUUUUUGAGACAGUUGGAAUUUCUCUGGGAAACCGACAGUUUGUUUCAGGGGACAGCAGCUCGGCCACGAUGCACAGCGUGGUGGAGGAGCUGGUCCGAUUCCGGCUCAAGGUCCGGCAGUUCGCCCUGGCCACGGGUGAGGCCACCGGGGAGGCCCGGCGGCAGCAGCUCCUGGAGAGGCAGCCCCUGCUGGAGGCAUGCGACACCCUGCGCCAGGACCUUGCUGCUCACGGCAUCAGUAUUAAGGACAGGAGCAGCACAUCCACAUGGGAACUGCUGGGUCAGAGGUCAGACAACCACAAACUGGGGAGCUGAGGACACGUGAAGCGGGAACCACAGGCUAACAAUGUCGUUCUGUGUUUAUGUCAUGAUAGAAGCUUUAUAUUAAAGUUUCCUGUUGUGGCUGUUUAACAUUAAAGUAAGUUAAACUGAUACAGUUCCACUGGUGUAUUUGUAACUAUGUCUAAAAAAAUGGAUUUCUUUAUAGUACCAAUGGCCAUAGACACAAGUGCAGUUUAGUAAAUUCAGACAUUAUCAUUCAUGAUGCAAGCCAGCCGGCCCAUGUCGCAGGGUCUGACAGCCUGGGAGGACUGUGAGCCUGGAGCCCAGGAUGGAAGUCCUAAAUGAGGGUCCCAGAAGACAUCAAGGAAAGGGCAGGUGGGAUCUUGACAUGGGGCCAACAGGUCAGCAGCCUCCAGGACACCCCUUUCCUGAUGGGACCUUGGGGUGAUGUGGCCGUGCUACCUGCUCUACAGCAGGAGGACGCAGCCCGCACCUCUAGUGCUGGGCAGUGCUGGAAUGGAGAAGGUCAUUAAUUCUGGAGGAGUCUGAAUGGCAGGGCUGAGAGCAAGACACAGGUAUGAUAUAGGUGGCCAAGUGUGUGCGAGGGCAUUUGGCGGACAACUGGGGGCCAAGGUUGCUGGCGGCCUUGCUCUUGGGUCCCUCACCUUUCUGCUGCAGGUUGGGGAGCUGCUACCGCUGUUUGGGGAACCAGCAGGAAACAGAGUGACCCUCUUGCCACUUCCCCCAUCUCUCAGGUCCUGGCCAGGUACAGUUUCAGGCAGCAGGUAAGCAAGCACACGCUAGGCAUAGCUGAGGAUGGCUUGGUGUGGCUUGGCGGCCGAGUUUGUCAUUAACCUUCAGGACCCUGAAAGGCACUGGUGUUCCUAUUCUACAUAUAAGGAAACCCAUUCAGAAGCUGACGUGCUAAAAGUGACCCAAUCAGUACAUGGUAGAGGGAAGACCUCAGAUGGCAGGUAGGUCCCUUACAAGGAGACAUCCAAAUAGGGUCGAUUCAGUACUGAGAAGCAGACUGUCCCCUGAUGGCCAGACACCUAAGCUGCCCAUCCAGUACUUCCAAUGUGCUAUCCUGGUCUCAGGAAAGCCCCUGUAAGAGAGUGUCCUUAGCUGGAGCUAGUGAUUACACAUGGGUUUGUAAAAGAACAAGGAAGCAAUGACUAACUUAAAACUCCUGGUCCUUGGCUACUGAGGUAUAGUUCAUUAUCUCCCUUCUAACCAAAGGGAUUUUGAACUUAUUCAGAGCAAAAACUUAGAUAACAACCAACACAGGAAUCGUUCCUGUGACUGCUAAAUUUUAUUUUCUAUAUAAUGAAAUAGCAACAUUUCAUUAUUUUUCAAAUUACUUCACUUUAACAAUAUUGGUAGGCCCUGCUGAAAAACACUUUAGAUACAUAACAAGCUUAUAUAUUUUUAUCUUCCUAGUACCUAACAAUGUCUUCAACUUAGGAAAGUUGAAAGAUGGGUUCUGGCUAUUUAAGAAAAAACAUGAAACUCUACACUAAAAUAAACCAGAUCUGCCUUUUAAUAGUUACUAGGAUUUAGAUGUAAUACCCCAAAGAAAAAAAUGUCCGUGACAGUUUUUCUAGAAAAGUUCACAUAGUGAGACUUUUACAGUUAGAUGUGAAAUAAGUUACAAAUACUUUUAAAGAAAUCUUAGACGUUCAUGGCCAGUUUAAAGAAAGUAGGAUCCGUUUGGGGUGAGGUAUCUGAACCACAAAUCUUCACCCAAGAGUAACCACCAAGGGCAGACAGGCUUUUGAAGGAACUGGACAGGUCUUGCCCUUGUAGAAGGCAUUAUUCAACAGUAAGAGUACAUUCAAGUAAUGUGUUAGGAACCAAACCCUAUGGAGACAUGACAACUGAAAACAAGUAACUCUUAGGCCACUAAGAAAACCACCAGUACAACCAGCCACACAGACAACCAAACAAGCGAACCAGAGGUUAACAAGACAAUACAAUCUCAUUUAUUACAAUUUCAGAGUAUCAGCUUCUUUAAUGGAAUCUGAAUCUUCCUGAGGACCCACCCACUUUCAAACCACAAGGACCGCUGUUCUGCGCGGGAAGCAGGCAUGACCACAAAGUUCAGUUCCCCAAGGCCUCCUUGAUGCAUCCCGAAGCUUUCCACCCACGAGGGCACACCGAUGGGCCAUCUCAGGAACAACAGCAUGGUGACACUUGGGUGUCCCUCCCACUCACGCAUGCUCUGCUGGGCCCCAACAGCCACCACAUGCACUUGUGCGCACAGACAAGGAGAAGUAUAAGACACAAGAGCCCCCACUCGUCCAUUCAGGUGUCAGUGUCCCAUUAAGUGACCUUCUCUGAUUUUCCCACAGUGCCUCCAAAAGGGUUUCCAAGGCCAAACUGAUCACUGCCUAUUGUGAAUACUUGAACCAAUGAACCAAAAUAACCAAUGCUUAGUAUUUCUGCCCAGACCGCUUUAACAUAAUCACUAUUU